ACUCCAGAUAUAAAAAGAUUCAACGCUGAAUUGAGGAGCACAAUGGCCUCAAGAACAUUAUGCAGGCCUUUGGCAAGGUCCGCAUUCAGGGCUACCGCACCUUCAAGGUCCUUUACGGCAUCAACUCUAGCCCGCCAGGCGCAAGGGUCACCAAACCCGCAACAACAGAACGGGGAGAAAUAUACUCACUUCGGCUUCGAGAAUGUUGCAGAGCAUGAGAAGGCACAGAGAGUCGCCGGCGUCUUCUCCUCCGUCGCCAGCUCCUACGACACCAUGAACGACCUCAUGUCCCUCGGCAUCCACCGCCUCUGGAAAGACCACUUCGUGCGCUCCCUCAACCCCGGCUCCAACUCCGGCUCCCUCACACCCACUACCGGCCCCUCCCCCUCUCAGGGCUGGAACAUCCUCGACAUCGCCGGCGGCACCGGCGACAUCGCAUUCCGCAUGCUCGACCACGCGCACAACGUGAACCAUUCCCCCCACACCCGCGUCACCGUCUCUGAUAUCAACCCCGACAUGCUCGCCGAGGGCCGCAAGCGCUCGCUCGAGACGCCGUAUGCGAACUCCAAGAACCUGGAUUUCCUUGUCGCGAAUGCGGAGGAGCUCCCUAUUCCGGAUAAUAGCGUGGAUCUGUACACUGUGGCGUUCGGGAUCAGGAAUUUCACCGACAAGGAGAAGGCGCUGCGCGAGGCGUACCGCGUGCUCAAGCCUGGUGGAGUGUUUGCGUGCCUCGAGUUCAGUGGGGUCACGAACCCGCUAUUCGAGGCGGUGUAUAAGAGGUGGAGCUUUGGCGCGAUUCCUUUGAUCGGCCAGCUCGUUGCGGGGGAUAGGGCGAGCUACCAGUAUUUGGUUGAGAGCAUUGAGAAGUUCCCGAGGCAGGAUGAGUGGAAGAACAUGAUCCAGGCUGCUGGGUUCGUGGUCCCAGGGAAGGGGUGGGAGGAUUUGACUGGUGGAAUCGCCGCGAUUCACAAGGGUAUCAAGCCGGUUGAGAAGUUGUAAGGCAAUCCCUUCACACUUAUGUUCUAUUUUGUACAGUAUAUUACAGGAAUGGCAUGGCACGGCGUAUCAGAAGGCAAGCGUGGGAGUAGUAUUAUAGAGCACACA